AAUAUGCAGUUUCAUGUCAAAGGGAUUUGGUGAAUUUCCGCCCCACACCCAGCUGGCUGGGAAUCUCAGUUUCGGGGAUUGCUCUGUCUGUGUGUCUGUGUGUGUGUGUGUGUUUGGACAGGGAGAAUCAGGACAGAGAUUCACACAGUCUUUCCCCGGAACCCCGCACUAAUGGAGUCUGUGCAACUCACCGAAGACGAGAUGGCUGAAAUAAAAAAGGAAGCUUUAGAAAAACUGAGGCCAUACUUAUGUGAUAAAGUCAUUGCCGAGAGGCACUUUGAUUACUUACGAGCUAAAAAGAUAUUGUCCAGGGAAGAUACGGAGGAGAUUUCUUACCAGAUAUCGAGUAGGCGAAAGACAGGAAAGUUACUCGAUCACCUAACAGAAAACCCAAAAGGCCUGGAUACGCUGAUCAGUUCCAUUAGGCGAGAAGGGACACAGAACUUUCUCGUCCAGAGAAUAACGGAUGAAGUGCAGAAGAUUAAAAAUGAAAAACUGAUCCAGAAAGCAGGAACCUUUUCGAGCAGUUGCGAGACAUCCAAAGAUAUAUCCGGAACAAACAACCUAUCUGUGUUUCCUUCCAUUGAGUCCAAUACUCAGAGGACAGAGGCAAACAUCCUGUUUCAUCCUGAAGGAGAAUAUAGCCCAGUGCCAUCAGCCUCGCCAACCCAGUCUCCGGUAGAUUUACGAUCCAUGUCCUUGCUGGAGAAGGCAGUCAUACUGAGCAAUGUGGAAACCAUGCCUACGACAUUAAGUCUCCCCAGGCCAGGGGAACCUGGAGCUCCUUCUCUUCCUCCUGAACUCGAAGCUGAAUCUGAGGGAGCGUGCAGUAAUUCCAGCGACACUGAAUUCUUACCCUUGAGGUCACGUGCACCAUAACUUAUUACAACCCCAGAAAUAAGCCUGCAUUAAAAGCAUGGAAAUUGAAGUAGAAGAUUAUGCAGGCUCUGACCUUCUUGGUACUAUAUAUAUAUAUAUAAUAUAUAUAUAUUUACUAUAUUUGGGUGCAAAACUGAUUCCUUUUGCAAGUAUACAGUUGCAUUAAGUUUCUGCAUUUUAUUUCACCACAAGUUAAACCCCGUCUCUGCAACAUCAAACAGUUAUUCUCAUCCUUCUAGAAUCUUCAGCAGCAGCAAGAAUGGUUGGUGUUGUCUGCUGAUGUUGAAAGAGGAAGAGGUUUAACACAUGCGUGUGCAUGUGUGAAGCAGUAUAUUGCAAGCCAGUAACUUAAUUAUAGUAGGGAGGUGAGGAUAAGGCUACUUGGGUCUUCUUUACUUUUUAACGAUAAGUCUUUGGGCUGCCGAAGGAUACAUUGGAACCCAGAACAGGAAAAGGGCUGCGAAUUGUAGCUGAAAGACCAAAAUACCAUAAUCCUGCUAGUUGUGUUCUCAAAAGAACUCCAGUAGGCUAAAUCAUGUUUGACAAACUUACUGUAGUUUUUUUGAGGAAGUAACUAGCAGAAUAGGUAAGGGAGAACUGGUGGAUGUGGUGUAUUUGGAUUUUCUGAAAGCUUUUAGUAAAGUCCCACAUAUAAGGUUAGUGUGUAAUAUUUAAAACCAUAUGAGAUUGGGGGGUAAUAUAUUGGCAAGGAUUGAGAAUAGCAGACAGGAAACAGAGAGUAGGAAUAAAUGGGUCUCUUUUGAAGUGGUAAGUAGCGACUAGUGGGAUACCGCAGGGAUCAGUGCUUGGAUCCCAGCUAUUCACAAUAUAUAUCAAUGAUUUGGAUGCAGGAACAAAAUGUAAUAUUUCCAAGUUUGC